UGGCUUUAGUUCUGCGCCAACCUCACAGUAAUCAACUACGUUUUCUUACACCUUGCUCUCUACUCUCAACUCUUAGCGUCUUACGAACUAUUUCAAUUCAGCAAUAAAUACAAUUUGGUAUUUAAAUAAAAAAAUAUGAAUUAAAUUCAGCUUAAAAAGUGUUGUGAUCUUGUGUCGAACGAAAUUAAAUAAUUUACUUAUUUAAUUCACGUGUUGUGUAAAAAUAUUUUCGAAAAUAACAGAAAACAAAACAAAGCUAAACUGUGAAUAAACUCGCAAUAAUUGUCAGCCAGGCACAACCAACAAUAGUCUUGUGAGUGCUUAAAUAGACAACGCAGUCCUAGGAGAGAACGAGGAGAGGAGGCGAGACGAGGCAAAUUUAAUUCCAAUGAAAAACAGCAUAAAAGCAUUACGCAGCAUGUGGCAUGCGGCAACGUUGCUGCUUGUGCUGCUGCUCUUUUGCCUGGGCAACAUGCCACCGCAUGCGGCAGCGGCACGGCACUCGCGCAUCGAGCUCGCAACACUAGAAGCUGUGGCAAGUGACAAUUUGGCUGAGUUGCACGCAGCAAACAUGCAACAACCAGCAACUGACGAUACAAAGAGCACCGACAAUCGCAGUCAAAGUCAAACACAGACGCAGACGCAGACUGGCCACAAGGCCACUGAUCUGAGCCCCAAGAAUGAUCAAUCAUCGCAGCUGACGUUGGCUAAUACCAAGUCCAAAUUGGUUGACGGUAAAUAUAGAAUACAGAAAAGCAUAAAAACAACACAUGAUAAUAAUAAAAAAGCAGGCAAGCAAGCCAAGAUCAGGCGUCGUCUAAAGCGACUCUUAGCCGACGAUUAAACCCACGUCCAAACU